GGCCAUCUCAGAACACAAAACACGAAGUCAUGUGAUUUCGCAUUGGGCAAGGUGCCCCGCGUUCCCGAGCUCCGUCGACCGUCGCGACUUCCCCGCUGCUUACCUUAAGGCUUAAGGUACCUUACAGUUCCUAUCUUGCCUCACCUAAUCCUGCACCCAGCGACGAUCCCCAGCCAACAUCUUGGUUUGCGACAUCCCAUCGUCGCCUCCAACAACACGACCUGCCUUGAAUUUCGCCCAGGGUAGAACGAGUACACUUGAUCCAAGGCAACCCCUGUUUUGCAAAGAUGCAGAUCGACGAGACCUUCUUCUCGGUGCGCUUCAAGUACGGUGCCCACACCAUCUUGAUGUUUGUCGAUGGUCAACAGAAAUUCUCCGAAGUAACCACAUCACUGCUCGAGGUGCUUCGCGACCGCUUUCCCGACGGCCUUACAAUCAACCACACUUCCCCCGAGACGACCGCCGUUCCUAAGGGCGACGUACAACUGGCUUAUGCCUUGCCCGUCAAUGCCACCGAUUUGACUCAAGGGUGGAAGAAUGUCAAGGUCUCUGACAGCGAUACGCCAGUUGGCAAGGGCUUCAAAGAUAAUUGCAUUGUCGCAUUCUCGUUUGAUACAGAUGAGCCAGAGUUCUUGGUCGACAUACCGACUCUGGACGAUGAGAUGGAAGACGAAGAGGGCAUGGGGUCUGACGCAUGAUGGAUGAUGGCAUUUGGGAUUCCAAGAACGAUGCAUGCAUGGCGUUGGGCGAUGGGAUCACAGAAUUAUGAACUAUGCGCGUCAAAUUUGAAAGGAGUGGCCUUUCACAGACACACAACAACAUCUGCCUGUACAGAUGCAUGAGUACCAGGCGAUAAAAGAUACCGCCUUGGCUGAUUAAUACUCAUAGAUAGUCGAUCGAUGGCCCAAAAUAUACUGGGCAUGGGAACAAGCUUGUGUUCUAGUUAGUAGGUAGGCUACCUAAGACAGUCCAUGAUGGCUCCCACAUCUGAAAAGACCUUGGGGCAAAAAGCGCUAGCCUUCAGAAUUGCGGACUUAUAAGUGCCAAUACCAUUAUCUUUGGGCUUCUAGUGGCUUUGUUGUUACUCAAAGAACACCCAAUGUGUAAUUGAACCGCUAUUGGUAGGAAGAUGCAUUCAUCGCAC